AGGAACACAACAAAAGAAACAGCAGCAUUCUGCGAGUUGCCACUUUGGCUGCCAAAAGCGGAAACCUCCCAGUCUUCCAAUGGGUUCAUGAGAAUGGUUGGUCUUGGGAUACAAGAACUUGUUACAUAGCUGCUGGGCAUGGCCAUUUCCGCAUCUUAAAGUAUGCCCAUGAAAAUGGUUGCUAUUGGGACAGUAUGACAUGUUAUGCUGCUGCCGAAGGAGGACAUUUGGAUAUUCUAAAGUAUGCCCGGGAACAUUACUGCCCAUGGCAUUCAGAGACAUGUGCUGCUGCUGCCGCAAAUGAACACUUGGAUACACUCAAAUGGGCACAUGAGCAUGGGUGUUCGUGGAAUGAAUACACCUGCAGAUAUGCUGCCAGUGGUGGCCACUUGGAUGUGCUAAAGUAUGCUCGUGAGCAUGGGUGUCCGUGGAAUGAAUACACCUGCAGUAAUGCUGCUCUCAAUGGCAACUUGGGUGUGCUAAAGUAUGCUCAUGAGCAUGGAUGUCCGUGGAAUACAAAUACCUGCUUGCAAGCAGCACAGCAUGGGCAUUUGGAGCUGCUGAAAUGGGUGCAUGAGAAUGGCUGCCCGUGGAAUGAAUUAACAUGCAGUGUUGCUGCAAGGAAUGGGCAUCUUGAUGUGCUCAAGUAUGCUCAUGAGAAUGAAUGUCCAUGGGACGAUCGUGUUUCCUGGACUGCUGCACGCCAUGGGCAUGUCAAAAUCCUGAAGUACGCCGAUGACAAUGGCUGUCCAAGGCAUGCUAAUAUCCUCUCAAUUGCAGCCAAGGAGGGACACUUGGGUAUCCUAAAAUAUGCCCACGAGAAUGGCAGUCCCUUGAAUGGUGAUGUAUACCUGAAUGCUGCAAAGGAAGGUCACCUAGAAAUUGUCCAGUGGGCUCAUGAAAAUGGCUUACCAUGGUUUGAACAAGUGUGUUCUGCUGCUGCUUUGGGUGGCCAUUUAGAACUCAUCCAAUGGGUUCAUCACCAUGGCUGUCCAUGGGAUGAAUCAACUUGUGCCAAGGCUCCAGAAAAUGGGCAUUUGGAAAUUGUGAAGUAUGCUCAUGAGCAUGGUUGCCCUUGGGGUGUUGACACAUGUGCUGCUGCUGCUUUGGGUCAUCAUCUAGAUGUACUCAAGUAUGCUCGUGAGCAUGAUUGUCCAUGGGAUCACCAGACAUGCCGAAAUGCAACUAGCAAGGGACACUGGAGCCUACUCCGAUGGGCGCAUGAAAAUGACUGCCCUUGUUUGUGUUCUGCGUUUGGUGAAGAGGGAGACCACUAGGCUAGUAGCCAGUAGUUCGAAUUUGAAUUGUAAACUUUGCCUCUUACAUCACUUC